UGUCCCCUCCCGCUUGACGUCUUCGCAUCCAUGGCGGCCGCCCGUAUCCCUGCAUGCCUGGUCCUGCAGCCGCGGGCCAGAACCCUUCGAGCCUUUUCUACCUCUGUGUCUCCGGCCACUCGCUCUCCGAGACCAAGCCCGUCUGCAACAGAAAGAACAUCCAGAUAUGAAAGGCCACUGAGAAGAAAGGCACUACCUCCUAGGACAGAGAAAAUGGCUGUUGACCAGGACUGGCCUAGUGUUUACCCUGUUGCAGCACCAUUUAAACCCUCAGCAGUACCUCUUCCUGUUCGAAUGGGUUAUCCAGUAAAAAGAGGGGUGCCCAUGGCUAAGGAGGGAAAUCUGGAACUUUUAAAGAUUCCCAAUUUUCUGCAUUUGACUCCUGUAGCAAUUAAAAAGCACUGUGAAGCUCUUAAAGAUUUUUGCACCGAGUGGCCAGCUGCAUUAGACAGUGAUGAGAAAUGCAGGAAGCAUUUUCCAAUUGAAAUUGACACAGCUGCUUAUGUAUCAGCGGGACCAUCUAUUCGAAACCCCAAAGCACGAGUAGUGACAUUAAGGGUUAAACUUUCCAGUUUGAAUUUAGAUGAUCACGCAAAGAAGAAACUUAUUAAACUUGUAGGAGAUCGAUACUGCAAGAGCACAGAUGUGCUUACCAUCAAGACAGAUAGGUGCCCCUUAAAGAGACAGAAUUAUGAUUAUGCAAUGUAUCUACUAACAGUUUUAUACCAUGAGUCUUGGAAAACUGAAGAAUGGGAGAAAAAGAAGACUGAAGCAGACAUGGAAGAGUAUGUAUGGAAAGACAGCUCCUCAGAAAAAAACAUCCUGGAAACCCUUCUCCAAAUUAAAGCUGCUGAGAAAAAUCUGGAAUUAAGUAAAGAAGAGCUCCUUGGUACUAAAGAAGUUGAAGAGUACAGAAAGUCUGUUGUUAGUCUUAAGAAUGAGGGGGACAAUGAAAAUACCCUUUCUCAGUACAAAGAAUCAGUGAAGAGACUGUUAAAUUUGACAUGAAUUAUAUAGAAAAAUUGCCUUGAUUUAUUAAUUUUAUGAUAUAUAUGUAAUCAUUAUCUAAUUUGAUAUACAGUUGAAGAUGUUAAAAAACCAUUGUUUUAUUACAUCAGAGUUAAAAUUAUUCCUUUCAUCCUAAUGAACAAAGGCAGUGAUUAUUCAAAAGUUUUCUUACUUAUGCACUGGGGCAAUCAUACUAAUUCGAUCUCUGUGAUGUCUUCUGGUUCUAAAGUGUUUGGAUUUUAUUUCUACCAUAACAACUUUAGUGUUCAUAUAUAUACAAUGUUGUUGUUUUGUCACCUGCUCCAUUUCUUUCCCUACCAAUUAGUACUUACGGGUUGCUUUUGAAUAAUGAUUUUGGUUAUUUGGGAAGCUAGGCCCAGAACCCAGUCCCCUGACUGAAGUUGAGUGUUUUGUCUGCAUAACUGCUGUCUGCCUAGUGAGUUUUUUGCACGUGCUGAUUCUGAUUAGAAACAGGUCCUUGGCAGUAUUUUCUAACCUAAAAAGUUUGUUCCAUUCCUCUAUCUUGGGGUCACUUUAUGUUGAUUCAGUUCUGUUUAGCAUCCUGCUUUCCAUUUUCUUUGGUUCAUUUCUCCAACCCCAAGCUUGCAGAAGAGUGGAAAUGGAGAUUAGCUGGUAUUCAUCUCUCUGGAUGCCCCUGCUAGAACUUCCACAUCUCAGGAAAGAGAUGAGGUAUAAAGACCCUGAAUUUAAUUGGAGUAAAUGACAAAAUGACUGCCCUAAGAAACAUUUCAUUCAAUUUAGCUGUCAAUUCGGUACUUUUAAGUAUAUCUGUAAGUCAUUUCUUACCACUUAAAGUUGUCGACAAGUGAUUAAUUUAAAAUUGAAAUAAAGGAAUUAUGGA